AUGGUGCGCGCAGCCUCUCCCGCUUUGUCAGAGACCGAGGUGGACAUCUCUAAAUCCCUCUUUGACAACGAUGGCGACCUCGACAGUGACAACGAAAUACCCACCCAACAACCCUCCACCACCCUCCCUCCUUCAGACUCCGAAGACGAAGACGAAGAUGAAGCCUUCAUAGCAGCCACGACCGCCGCCGCCAACCGCAAAGGAAUCGAUGGCAAGAAGAAAAAAGCGGGCGCGGCCUUCCAAUCCAUGGGUCUGAACACGCACCUCCUCAAAGCCAUUGCAAGAAAAGGCUUCACAGUCCCUACACCCAUCCAACGGAAAACCGUCCCCCUGAUCCUCGACGGACAAGAUGUCGUGGGCAUGGCACGGACGGGAUCUGGAAAAACAGCCGCCUUCGUGAUCCCGAUGAUUGAGAAACUGAAGUCGCAUUCGGCGAAAGUCGGUGCGAGAGCAAUCGUGCUCUCACCUUCGCGUGAGUUGGCUUUGCAGACUCUGAAAGUAGUGAAGGAAUUGGGUAAGGGGACGGAUCUACGGACGACGCUUCUAGUGGGGGGAGAUAGUCUGGAGGAGCAAUUCGGAAGCAUGGCGAGUAACCCGGACAUCAUCAUCGCCACACCUGGCCGUUUCGAGCAUCUGAAGGUGGAGAUGGGCCUUCAACUCAGUAGUGUGAAAUACGUCGUUUUCGACGAGGCGGAUAGAUUAUUCGAGAUGGGGUUCGCGGCGCAGUUGUUUGAGAUUAUGCAUUCGUUGCCUCCGGAUCGACAGACUUUGCUGUUCUCCGCCACUCUACCGAAGAGUCUGGUGGAGUUUGCGAGAGCAGGGUUACAAGACCCGAAGUUGGUGAGGUUGGAUGCGGAGAGUAAGAUCGCACCCGGACUGGAAAGCGCCUUCUUCACCGUCAAAAGAUCGGAGAAGGAAGGCGCGUUGCUCCAUAUCCUGCAAGACAUCAUCGCCAUGCCCACAGGUGCUACGGAAGCCAUCUCAAAAACAAAUAACCAAGUCCCUAGCAGCAAGAAACGCAAACGUGGCCCCGAUACGCCUCACCCUGCCGUCGGAGAAACGCCCACCCAACACUCCACCGUCAUCUUCGCCGCAACAAAACACCACGUCGAAUACCUCUCCACCUUCCUCAAAGCCCACAACUACACCACCUCCUACGUCUACGGCUCCCUGGACCAAACGGCGCGAAAACUGCAAGUCGAAGAUUUCCGACAUGGUAAAACAAACAUCCUCGUCGUCACGGAUGUCGCGGCUCGAGGUCUAGAUAUCCCCGUGUUGGCCAACGUGAUUAAUUAUGAUUUCCCCGCCCAACCGAAGAUUUUCGUUCAUCGUGUGGGAAGGACGGCGAGGGCGGGGAAGGGGGGGUGGGCGUUUAGUUUGGUGACGGGGACGGAUAUGGCGUAUUUGCUUGAUUUGCAGUUGUUUUUGGGGAGGAGACUUGUGCUUGGUCGGGAGCAGGGCCGGGGGCAGGGAAAGGAAGCGGGGUUGUUCAAGGAGGCUAUUGUGGUGGGAUCGACGGUCAGAGAGAAAUUGGAUCGGUGUUGUGAGGAGGCGGGGAAGUUGCUCGAGGAUGAUGGGGAUCUGGCUAUGUUGAGGGAUGUGGCGGGCAAGGGCGAGAAGCAGUAUCUUCGUACUCGCAAUGCGGCUUCGGCGGAGAGUGUGAAGAGGGCCAAGGUGAUUUCUGCCCAAGGGAUUAUGGGGACGAAUCUGCUUUUUGAGGAGGGUGAGGAUGGGGAUGACGGAGCGGAGCAGAAGAGGUUGGAGAUGUUGAGGGUGGUUAGUGGGUUUCGGCCGGUGGAGACGGUAUUUGAGGUUGGUAAAAGGGGUGGCAAGGAUACGGAGAUGGCGGAGGUGGUUAGGAAGCAGAGGGGUCGGAUCGAGGCGAAAGGGGCUAGGAUUAGGGAGCGGGAGGUGUUGCAGUCUCACGGCAAGGACGAGGUGCCGGCGGGUUCGGCGAUGGGUUCCUAUACUGCGCCUGGCGAGCAAGAAGAGGACGAUAGUGAGGAUGAUGAUGAUGGCUUGGUGCUCACCCAACCGGAUAUGGCGGAAGCCUCGGAUGACGAGCUGGAACUCACCUUCACCAUCCCCUCGGACUCCGCCCCAGCUAGUAAGAAACGCCGUCAAAAAGGCGACCCUUCCUCCUCAUCCUGGCAAGACUCCGAACACUUCAUGUCCUACACCCCCACCGCCCACAACGCCGCCGAAGACCGCGGCUACGGCGUCCACUCCGGCGGCACAAAUUCACACCACCCGCAAAACAUGACCUCGGGCGUGGGAUCCUCCUCCCAUUUCGUCAAUGCCGCGCAAGAGGCGACGAUGGACCUGACGCAAGACGAUGAUGCCGGGAUGAAGGCCGCGUCCAAGCCGGGAAUGCGGUGGGAUAAGAAAGGGAAAAAGUAUGUGAGGAGGGAGAAUGACGAGGAUGGGAGUAAAGGGAAAAGAUUUAUUACGGGGGAGUCCGGGCAGAAGAUCGCGGCGAGUUUGAGGAGUGGGAGAUUCGACGCGUGGAAGAAAGCUAAUCGGGUUGGUCGGCUCCCCCGCGUGGGUGAGGUCGAAAAGGCUGGGAGCCACUAUGCUUCCGCUGGUCCGUCUGGUAGCAGUAGUAGUGGGCCUGGUGGUCCAGGUGGUGGGAAGAGAUUCAAGCACAGACAAGAACGUGCUCCCAAAGAAGCGGAUAAGUUCCGGGACGAUUAUUAUAAGAAGAGGAAGAUGGUCGUUGCUGCUAAGGAGGCGAGGAGGGGGAGGUUCGCGGCGGGGGGCGGGAAGAGUGAGGUUAGGGAUGUGGAGGGGGUGAGGAAGGCGAGGGUGGGGAAGGAGAGGAGGAGGGAGAAGACGGGACGGCCUAGUCGUGGUGGUGGUGGUGGUGGUGGUGGGGUAAGGGGUAGGGGUGGCGGGAGGGGUUGA